GACGCCUCCGAGUGGCCCUGUCUCUCCGGUUCUUGCCCCUUGACCCUGCGUUCGCGGCGGGGUGAGAGGUCGGGUGGCCAUCUUGUGGCGGCGGCGCGGGCGGCUGUUACUGCGGAGACCCAUCCCCUCCCCCUCCACGCCCCCCAACCUCCACCGAGACGCUGUGUCAGUCAGUAAAGGGGCCGGCGGUCCGUCCUGCGAGGCCCUCGGCCGUGUGCCCUUUCUUUUCCCGCCGCGCUGGGCGGCCCGGGCCGCCACCACCAUGUCCUCCUUUUCGGAGUCGGCUCUGGAGAAGAAGCUCUCGGAGCUGAGCAACUCUCAGCAGAGCGUGCAGACGCUGUCCCUGUGGCUCAUUCACCACCGAAAGCACGCUGGGCCCAUCGUGUCCGUAUGGCAUCGCGAGCUCCGCAAAGCCAAAUCAAAUAGGAAGCUUACUUUUCUGUACUUAGCAAAUGAUGUCAUCCAGAAUAGUAAAAGGAAAGGUCCUGAAUUCACUAAGGAAUUUGAAUCUGUCCUUGUGGAUGCUUUUUCUCAUGUUGCCAGAGAGGCAGAUGAAGGCUGUAAAAAACCCUUAGAAAGAUUGCUGAACAUCUGGCAAGAAAGAAGUGUGUAUGGCGGCGAGUUCAUACAGCAGCUGAAGCUGUCUAUGGAGGACUCCAAGAGCCCUCCCCCCAAAGUUACAGAAGAGAAGAAGUCUCUGAAGCGAACUUUUCAGCAGAUGCAAGAGGAAGAGGAUGAUGACUACCCUGGAAGUUACUCUCCCCAAGACCCUUCUGCGGGACCUCUCUUGACUGAGGAACUAAUCAAAGCUUUGCAAGAUCUGGAAAAUGCUGCAUCAGGUGAUGCAACUGUUCGACAGAAAAUUGCUUCCCUGCCUCAGGAAGUUCAGGACGUUUCUCUGUUGGAAAAAAUAACAGACAAAGAAGCAGCUGAACGUCUUUCAAAAACGGUGGAUGAAGCUUGUCUGUUACUAGCAGAGUAUAACGGGCGUCUGGCAGCAGAACUGGAAGACCGGCGCCAGCUGGCUCGGAUGCUGGUGGAGUAUACCCAGAACCAAAAAGAUGUUUUGUCGGAAAAGGAGAAAAAACUCGAAGAAUAUAAACAGAAGCUUGCUCGGGUAACCCAGGUCCGAAAGGAGCUGAAGUCCCACAUUCAGAGCUUACCAGACCUCUCCCUGCUGCCCAACGUUACUGGGGGCUUGGCCCCCCUGCCCUCUGCUGGUGACCUGUUUUCAACUGACUAG